GAUGGAGGGCUGCCCGCAGUGCGGGCGUUUCCCUGGCAAAGGACGCAGCGGAUCCCUCGUGCCCGGAGCCGGCCGGGAUGCGAGGCGGCUGCUCUGCCAAUGAGUGUCGGUACCUACGCUGGAGAUUUAAAUAAUCCUUUGGAGCACUGCUGAGAGCACGCGAGGCUUCGGCAAGACGGGAAAGACCAUCAGAGAGGAUGAACAAGCUGCAGAGAUUGCUUCAGAGCAAGAACCUGAUCCUGACAGUGUGUGCUGCUGGGAUUGGAGGCACUUUCCAGUACGGUUACAACAUCUCCAUCAUCAAUGCUCCAACUUUUUACAUCCAGACGUUCAUGAACAAAACAUGGUUGGAACGCACAGGUGCUCCCCUGGAGAGUGGCAUGGUCCUGCUGCUCUGGUCCUUCACCGUGUCCGUGUUCCCCCUGGGAGGCCUUGCAGGGGCUGUUGCUGCUGGCCCCAUGGCCAUUGUGUUGGGAAGGAAGAUGUCCCUGCUGGUUAACAACAUCUUUGUGAUCGUAGCCGCCGUCUUGUCAGGAUUCAGCCAGAUGGCGAAAUCCUUCGAAAUGAUUAUGCUCAGCAGGUUCCUUACUGGUGUGAAUGCAGGUGUAAGCAUGAACAUUCAGCCCAUGUAUCUGGCAGAGAGUGCCCCAAGGAAGCUCCGAGGGGCUGUGGCCUUGACCUCUGCAUCCUUUACAGCCCUGGGACUGGUGCUGGGCCAGAUUGUUGGACUCAGGGAGCUUCUAGGAGGGGAGGAAAGCUGGCCACUCCUUUUAGCCAGCAAUGCUGUGCCUGCCCUAAUCCAGCUCAUGGUGCUGCCGUGGUUUCCUGAAAGUCCCAGAUACCUCUUGAUUGACCGUGGAGACAGAGAGUCCUGCAUCUCUGCACUGAAGAAGCUCAGAGGCAGCAAUGACCUGGGAGAAGAGCUGGAGGAGAUGCUAGCUGAACAGGCUGCUGCCAAAGGUCAGAGAGCGAAGAAGCCCUGGGAGCUGAUCCGAAACGCAGCGGUGAGGUGGCAGCUGAUCAGCAUCGUCGUGCUGAGCAGUGCCAUGCAGCUCUGCGGGAACGAUUCGAUGUACUUUUAUGCAGCUUACGUGUUCCAGGAGGCUGGAAUUCCUCAGGACACAAUCCCGUAUGUUGUCAUCGGCACAGGGAGCUGUGAACUGAUCACAUCUGUAACUUGUAACAUGAUUAUAGACUACGCUGGCCGGAGGCCACUGCUGCUGGGAGGAUACAUCCUGAUGGCAGGAUGGGCCACUGUCUUCAUGGUCGCUCUGAGUCAGCAGACUCAGAUUAGCUGGAUGCCUUAUCUCAGCAUGGCCUGCAUUUUUGCCUAUAUCCUGAGCUUUGGAAUUGGACCAGCUGGUGUAACAGGAGUUCUGCCCACAGAGAUAUUUGAUCAGAUGUCCCGACCAGCUGCUUACAUGAUCUGCGGGUCUCUGCUCUGGUUUAAUCUCUUUCUGGUCGGAACAGCUUUUCCAUUCAUUGUGAAAAAUCUAGCACAUUUCUGCUACGUCCCAUUCCUUGUGGUUUGCAUCUGCACUGCUCUCUACAUUUGGUUCUUCCUUCCUGAGACCAAAGGAAAGUCCUUCCUGGAAAUCUCAGAGGAAUUCAGGAAACGGAACUUCAGAGCUCCGAGCCGUGAAGCUUUCUAUAAAGGCCCUGAGGAGAUCAGGUCCACCACGUUAGAUAAAACUUUCUAUGCUGACUUUUCUUCCUGCCAGAAAAUGAGCUGCAAUCUCUUCCUCCUGGCUUUUGUCCUGGGCAUUGGUGGAACUUUCCAGUAUGGGUUGCAGAUCUCCAUUAUGAACUCUCCUGCUGAGUACAUCAAAAGUUUCAUACAUGAGACCUGGCUGAAGAGAUAUGGAUCUUCUCCCAGUGAAGAGAUAAUUACUUUGAUGUGGUCCUUCAUUGUGUCCAUUUACACCAUUGGUGGGCUCCUGGGCUCCAUGUCUGUCAGAUACAUGUCUGUUAAAUUUGGAAGGAAGAAGUCCAUGCUACUUGCCAACAUCCCUGCUCUGUUGAGCGCAACUCUCAUGGCACUCAGUCGGCUGUCUGGGUCCUUCGAGAUGAUCAUCAUUGGGAGAUUAUUUGCUGGAGUGUGUGCAGGUUUAGGUCUGAAUAUCCAUAUCAUGUAUGCGGGGGAAUGCGCCCCACAGAAGCUGCGUGGGGUGAUUGCCAUAACUGCUUCCACUGCCAUUGCCAUGGGAAAGUUUGCAGGAUUUGCUCUGGGCCUCAGAGAAGUUCUGGGAGUAGAAGCUAUGUGGCCCGUUCUCAUGGCAGCAAACGCAAUUCCUGCCCUCAUUCAGCUGCUCACCCUCCCCUUCUUCCCAGACUCUCCCCGCUACCUGCUCAUUGACAGAAAGGACAAGGAGGGUUGCAUCAAAGCUGUGAAGCAGCUCUGGGGGGAUGGCGACCACAUGGCCGAAGUGGAUGACAUGAUUGCAGAGCAAGAAGCCAUCCGUGGGGAGAAAUCUAAGAGUGUUUGUGAUCUUGUUCGUGACAAAUCUGUCCGUUGGCAGUUCAUCACUCUCUUUCUUGUCUCCUCAUGCAUGCAGUUGAUCGGAGUCAAUGUGGUUUACUUUUAUGCAUACAACGUCUUCCUACAAGUUGGACUCUCCCCUGCCCAAACCCGCUACGUCUCCCUGGGAGUUGGGAUCACUGAGAUCCUCACCACAGCUCUGUGUGGCUUCCUCGUGGACCGUGCUGGGAGGAAGGCACUGCUAUGGAAAACCUACGCUGCUAUGGCCUUGGCCUUAGGACUUCUCACUGUCACGCUUGCUCUACAGGAUUAUUUCUCCUGGAUACCAUAUUGCUCCGCUGCACUCAUUUUUAUCUUCAUCAUGAGCUUCGGACUCGGGCCAGCUGGAGUAUUAUGCCCCCUACCCACAGAAAUAUUUAUUCAGUCAUACAGACCAGCUGCUUAUGCUUUUAAUGGAGCUACAAACUGGAUCCAGCUCUUCUUUCUUGGACUUUUGUUCCCUUUCAUCGUGGAAGGCCUGGGUAGUUUUUGUUUCAUCAUUUUCCUGGCAUACUGUCUGUCCAUGGCCAUCUUUGUCUACCUGGUAGUGCCGGAGACCAAAGGAAAGAGCAUGCUGCAGAUCAUGGAGGAGUUCAACCGCCUGAAUUACGGCAGAAAGAGGGGACAGGCAGCCCUGCAGCAGAACAACUGCUCACUGACAACUGUUACUAGACUUUAGUGACAAACUUUCCACUCCGUAUUCUGUUCUUUUAUUACUGUUGUGCCAGAAGCCUCACUAAACAAAAAAGAUCCUAUUGCUCCCAGACAGUACAAAUGUGAAUUAAAAAAGUAGAGGCCUGCUGUGCAGGGUGCAGGAUGACCUCGGUGGUUCUCUCCAACUGCUGAAAUAUGAACUGAAUUAAAUGCUCAAGGAAGGAAGGAAGGAAGGGGGUGAAGGGGAGGGGAGAGGGAGGGAGGGAGGAAGGCAGGAAGGCAGGAAGGCAGGCAGGAAGGAAGGAAGGAAGGAAGGAAGGAAGGAAGGAAGGAAGGAAGGAAGGAAGGAAGGAAGGAAGGAAGGAAGGAAGGAAGACAGGGAGUAAAGAAAGAAUAUAUUCACUCUCUGCAAGUUAGCAUCUGUAUAAACUGAAAACACAGGAUCAGCUACUUUUUCUAUCAAAACCCGGACUCCCAUAUUGCUGGACAGAGGCUUUCACAUCAAAAUUACUUGCUACUAUUUACAAGAUGGUGCUGCUGAGCUUACAAGAGAAGAGACUCAAUCCAGACAAAGUGUUUUGCUCUUUGAACCAGUGAAAGAAGAGCACCAUUCCUUUCAGAGGACAUCAUUGCUACAUUGGUUUCCCCUCUUGCAAUUAGACUUGAGAGCAAGCAUGCAGUUCUGGGUCAACGAGGACUUUCUUGAGCUGCUUGUGACCAGGUUUCUGUGAGCUGCAGGUUUCUUUUAAUCUAUUUUUUUUUUUUUUUUUAGCUUUUUGGAGGGAAAUCAUUGCUGCAUCUGAAUGAGGAAAGUGUAAAGAAGUAAAGGAAACACUGUGUUAGAGAAGCAUCCAAUAUAACCUGCCAUCUCUACCCAAAUCGGUACAUUAUUUAGAUUUCUGAGAUUCUUCUACUUGGACUUAGAAGGAUAGACCACCACUGAAAGAAAGCAUGAGCAAAGAAAGCAGACAUGCAGGAAACCCUUACUAGGCUAAUCCACUGUGGGCUGGGUUCUCCUACACCAUUAGCAAUGACACUGGAGCAUGCCUUCAGCCUGGAGUUGUUUCAUGUCAGAGAGAAGGAAUACUGAGUUUCAAUGGGAUUCAGUUCCCACGUCUCUGGUCUUGAUGAAACAAAGAGUGGUGCCUCUGCUAGAGAGCCCAACCUGUGUCUGAGCAUCUGCUCAUCUCUCUAGGUCUCUAAAUACUCCAAUUCUCACUACAAAGUAUGGGAAAAGGACCUCGCUUUUUCUAUUCAUUGCUUUACAACAUGAAACACUUUUGCUUGUUGUGCUUUGCAGUUUGCUGACAAGAAAAUAAAAAUGCAGCAACUUGGCAAACACAUCCCAAUGAUCACGCUGGUGUUUGGCAUUCACUGAUUAAAGAGUCAGGGCCUAGCAAUAUCUGUAGCAGUGCGAGGAGCUAAUACCAAAAGCAGUGGCCUUCACAGCUGUAUUAGGUUUACAUGACAUGCUUUUGAUAGCAGGGGGGCUGCAGGAGUAGCCUCUGUGAGCCCAAAAGCUGCCCCAAGUUAGAAAAGAGACCUGCUGCUAGCCAGAACAGUGACACUGAGCAAUGCAGAUGAUGCCUUAGUGACAGUAGAUUUAAGAAGGGUAAAAAUGCUGCACAACAGCAGCUUGGAGAGAGGAGUGAGAAAAUAUGACAGAAACAGACCUGCAGCUAUCAAGGUCAGUGCAGAAGGAAGGCAGGAGGUGCUCCAGAUGCUGAGCAGAAGUUCCCUACAGCCCAGGAGAGGCCCAUAGUGGAGCAGGAGGUCUGGGGAAGCUGCUGUCUGUAUCUUUGAAGAGAAACUAUUAGGUAAUGUCUUAACUUGGUCUGGUAUUUCUCAGCCUUACUGGUUUGCGACAAGGAGGGUUUUUGUGUUCUAAAAGAGACUGAAAACUCAUUUCUCACAUGCAUCUUUCUACAGUGCGAUCUUGCUCACCAUGCCUGACUUUUCCCCUUCUUCCCCCCUACUAUUAAGUACUGUCUGUACAAGGGGAAGCAUGGUUAAUUAUUAAUGCUGCCUUGAACUCGCUUGUAUGGUGAAUAAAGGUUAAAUGAGUGCUUGUGAAUCAGCACUGUAUCUAUUUGAUUUCUAGGAUCACAGAAGUAUAUCAAGUCUGGAACAAGAACUAAUCUUAGGUGAAAAGGCUCAUUCCUUCUUCCAUAGGAGAGUAUGUGUGAGUAUUCUGAAAGAAAUAUAGACAGUGAGAGGAAGAAGGACAAGGCUCUGCUGGGGACAGUUAGUUCAACCAGAUGCUGUAAUCUGUGCCUGCCAGACCUGCCAGACCUGGGAUACUCUGCUGGGUACAGUCCUGGUGUGAUGCUAGGAGGUGGAUCUGCAUCCCUUCCAGCAGGGGAUUGGAGAGGCCAGUGGGCAGCUGUGCCAUCUGACUGCACUUCUCUGUGGCAGCAAAAAUCAUCAGCUGAAGGAGGGCCGUGUGAAUGUGACUGGAGUUUGAGAGUAAGAAUUUGUAAGAAGCACGAGAAAAUCUAAAUAAAGACAGAGAGCCCGGCAAUAAUAAUGGAAGAGAAGGGUGGAUUCUGGGGUUUUACAACCAAGAACAUUUGAGGAGCCCAUGCUAAGAGGAGAAGGUGAAGGAAAAUGCAUAACUACAGCUGAUGUGAAAGUAAUGAAGAUCUCAUGAUGUGGAAAGAAGAAUUCAGCUUAAAUUCUUCCAGUGCACUGAUGUGCUACAAGACUCCCAGGCAAGAAGGUGUGGAGACGGAGUGAUUGGGAUGUCAGCAUAACACAGCAGGCUCAGUGCUGCCGAGCUACCAGACACUGUCAGGGAAAAGGCAAACUUUGGGAUGGAUGCAACCCUUCCACCGUGCUCCUGAGCAAAGCUCCUGUCUCCUUUAAAGCCACAGCCUCCCCUUCCCACCUCCCCUCAAGGCACUACCAAUGCAGUGCUAAAUGUGGAGCUGUAUUUAGUGUAGAAUAUGAGUAGAAGCCUGAAGGAGAAAGCCUUUUGUUCAAAACAAUCUUUUCAAAGUGAAAAAUUUUCUUAAAAUCAACUCCCAAACCAGAACAGGCACACACC